AUGUUGGAAGCCAGACUCGACCAGGCCGAUAUCCUGAAGAAGGUUGUCGAUGCCAUCAAGGACCUCGUCCAGGACUGCAACUUCGACUGCAAUGACUCCGGCAUCAUGCUCCAGGCCAUGGACAACUCACACGUUGCCCUUGUGUCUAUGGCCCUCAAGACCGAGGCCUUCUCUCCCUACCGUUGCGACCGCAACAUUGCCCUCGGCGUCAACCUGACGUCGCUGACCAAGGUCCUCCGCGCCGCCCAGGGUGACGACGUCUUGACCCUCAAGGCCGAGGACGCGCCCGACAGCCUGAACAUUCUCUUUGAGAGCUCCGAGAACGACCGCAUCAGCGAGUAUGACCUCAAGUUGAUGGACAUUGACCAGGAGCACCUGGGUAUCCCCGAGACGGACUACGCCGCGACAAUCACCAUGCCCAGCAGCGAGUUCAAGCGUAUCUGCCUCGACCUGAUGGCCAUGAGCGAGUCGGUGACGAUCGACGCAAGCAAGGACGGUGUCAAGUUCGCAUGCAACGGCGACAUCGGCAACGGAUCCGUUACCCUGCGAAGCCACACCAACGUCGACAAGCCCGAGCUCAACGUCGACAUUGCUCUGUCUGAGCCCGUCUCCCUGACCUUCUCUCUCAAGUACCUCGUCAACUUCUGCAAGGCCGCCGCCAUCUCCAAGCAGGUCAAGAUCUGCCUGUCCAACGAGGUACCGCUGCUGGUCGAGUACACCCUGGUGGGUCAGAGCUACCUGCGCUUCUACCUGGCGCCAAAGGCAAGUUUUACCGAAGCAUCUGAGACAGAAACACCACUAACAGGAACCUCCAGAUUGGUGACGAGGAGUAAAUCAGCGAUUGACGACGGAAUGAAGUUGAUAUUGCGGGCGUUGCACGGGAUCCGGGACGGGGCAAAAGCGCCUGUCCUUUUCACUCUGGAUUGA